AUUAUGAAUAGGAUGCUUUAUUCUCUGUUACUGGGCGGUAAUAGCAGUUGAAAUCGGAUGUAAGCUAGCUGGCAGUCGCCUUAAAGAAUCAGAGGAAAGGUUUAACUCCACUGUCUCUGCUUAGGAAUGGGAAACAAGGUCUAAUGGACUCCAACAGUGAAGACGGAGAGUACCAAAAUCUUGGGCAAGGUGCAGCCCAGUACAGAGUCACCUACCCUUAUCGGAAAAACUCUAAAGAUGUGGACUAUGAUAGAAACGAGGAGUUCAACAAAAAGAGGUACCCGGUGAGCCGCUCCGGCAACAACCCAGGCAGAGUGAAGCGGGUGGUGUCAUGUAAGAGGAAGACCCAUCAUCUGACGGUGACUCGGAGGAAGCAGCUCGGGCCUGGGAAGACUUACGAUGCUGCAAACAAGGAGAAUGAGAUAAACUGCAUGCAGGAUGUGCAGCAGGAGAUAUUUGACAUGGACCCCUGGGAGUUCCCUCUAAAUGUCAAUAAUAACCACAAGACUGGCAAAACUGGUUCUGAACAAGCCGACUACAGUGCACUCACAGAGCUCUCAAGGGAUCACAGCACAAUGACUAACGUGCUGUUUGGAAGACACCUGAGACUCAAAGUAUCUUUAACACUGUGGCAGAGAAAUGUCGGAGAGCUGUUGACUUAUUUUUUGAGAAUCCAAGACAUUGGUGUGUUUGUUGAUUUUCUCCCACUCAUAAGCAAAAGCAUCGAUGAGAAUUCCCCCAGAAUCAACAUUGGCUGUUGUGUUGACCUCUUUCCUUUGGUUAAGAAAGUCCUCACAAAGCCAUAUGAAGAGUAUCUAAUAGUUGGUUUAAAGUGGAUCAAUUCAGUUUUGAAAAAAUGGUGGGAGGAACUACGAACAAGUGGCUAUAGUGGAUCAACAGAAAGUCCGAUGGAUAAAAAUUUCCAGGCCUUUAAUCAGCAGUUAUUGGAGUUAUGGUAUCAGGAACCUUCACUGAAGUCUGUGCCAGGGACUGCUGGAGACAUGGCAAAGGUCAUUGACUCCUUUCUAUCUCAACUUUCCUGAUGGCAACAGAGACACAGAUAACGGAUCUUUCUCUGGUAGCAGCUUUAGUAAAAUCACUACAUAGGAGCUGGUGUUUCCAUAGAGAAGUGCCUUGUAGCAUGUACUGUCCCCGUCCUGAGAGGACGUCUGUAGAGCACUUUGUAUUUAUUGGCUGUUCAGAUGAACUUGAGCAGCUGAAAUACUGAGAGUGUGCAAUAUAAAUGUAAUCGUCUGGUAAAUUUUACAUGAUUUUCUUGUCGUUGACCAAGUAGGAUGUUAAUUAUGAUCAGUGGGAGUUUUAUCAUUGUGCAGUUUCAUUUAUGUUGCUGAAACUGAGAAUGAAUGUAAGAAUUUUGUUUUAUUGACUUGUGUGUCUGUUCUCUUCAAUUGCACAAAUGAUGAUGAAUAAAGUUUGUACGUUA